AUGGGCCACCACUACAGUGCCUCACAGAGAAGGAAACCAGGACUGGGAAAGGCUACACCACAGGUAGCCGGCUACAAGGUUGCAAUCUGGGUCCUUGGGUCCCCGGGCUCCGUCCGCUGCCAGGGCUUCCCCGGGCUUCCCGGCGUUGAGCGUGGCCACAGCUGGCCCACGGGUYCGCGCCCCUGCCCCGCGCACGUGUCGCCAGCCAAGCGCGGUGGCCACGGCCCUCGCCCGCCCCGGGACUCACCUCCCGCCGCCGGAACCUCCGCGCCCGCGAGGUCCGCGCCGCCGCCCACUUCCGCCGGCCGAGCGCGGCCCAGCGCGCAGCCGCCUCCCGCCGCGCCCCGGUGCCCGCCGCCCUCGCCGCGCAGGCGCCCCGCCGCCACGUGCGGCCCCCGCCGCGGGGACCCGGCCGCGCAGGUGCCGCCCCGGGAGCCCGCCCCCCGCCCGCGCUCACUGAGCAUGCCAGGCGGCCGCGGCUGCCCCGCCGCCCGCGACCGGCCGCCUCCGCCGCAGCGCCUCGCUCCGCCGCCGCUAGCCCGGGCCCCGCGCCCCGCGCCCCGCCGCGCCCGCGGCUCUGCGCGGCCGCCCCAUGACCGCCAGACGGAGCGGGAGCGCCGGGCUGGGCCGCCGACGCCGACGCCGCGGCCAGGGCGCACUCGGCGCUCGGCUGGCGAUGUCUGCGCGCCAGCUCGCCCCGCCCCGCGCCGUCGCCGUCGCGUCAGCGUCGGCCGGAAGCGCCCUCAGUGCACGGGGCGCGGAGCGGCUGAGUGGCCAGGUGAGUGCCUCACGGCCGGCGUGCUUGACCUGAACUGGCCCUGCGGGUGGGAACGGCUGGGCUGA